AUGCCAUUCCCUGUAAUAACAAAUUGGCUUUCUUUAAACACAAAAGAGGAAUCAGCAUUCAUCGAUUGUGAUAACAAAUGGUCUAUAUUGAAUAACAAUCCUACAGAAAAUACAAAUAUCCCUAAUAAUUCUUUAAAUGAUAAUGACAAGGAAAUUACAGGUAAUGAACAUAUAUGUUCACCUGUAGAAAAUCACUUGACUUCUUCUGAUAAUUUUGAUAAUAUUCCUUCAUCGAAUAAUACUGUUACUACAAUAACUACUACAACUAAUGAUAAAAUUAAGAGUGAUAUAAGUGUAUUAACAAAAACUAAAGUUAAAGAAUCAAUCAUGACACCGUUUGUAUCAAACUACUCCUUUUCAUAUGUACCUAAAUCAGACAGUGAAGAUUUACACGAUCGAUUAAAUGACGAGGAACAACAAAAUGUGGAAAUCCAUGAGUGUGGAAGGCGGUUCACAGAAACGUAUUAUUCUCAGAUGAAUGAUUGUUAUACAACUUCUCCCUCGAAUCCACUUAUCCAUUCAAAUACAAAUAAUAAUAGUAAUAGUAAUAAUAAUAAUAAUAACAGGAAGAAUAAUAACUGUGACAUACUACAAGUUACUUGA